AUGCUUGACGAGUUUAUCCAGUGUCUGAAAGAAGAAGGAGAAGUAGAGGUGACUCAUGGACAGGAAGUCAGAUGCGGGAAAGAAUCAGAGGGAGAGAAAAUAGAGGAGUUGGAGACAGAGGGGAAGGAGACAGAGCAGGAGGUAAAGGCCGAGGAGAAGAUGGAUAAACAGGAGGAGAAUUUGGAAGAGGAGGAAGAAGAGGAGCUGACAGAAGAGCAGAUGAAGGAAGAGGAGGAGGAGGAGGAAAAGAAGCAGACAGAGGAGGAGAAGGUGGUGCCAAAGAAGGAAAAGCUAAAGGAGGAACGGAAGACUGCAGAGCUAGAGAUGAAUGCAGAGGAAGGACUGGAAAGAGAGCCGAUGGAGGAAGAGCUAAUGGAAGAUGAUCAGUUGGAGACAGAGAAGGUGGAGCCGAAGGCUAAGGGGGAGGAGCUGAAGGCCGCAGAGAUGAAUGUAGAGGGAGGGCUAGAAGCAGAGCCGAUGGAGGAUUGGCUAACAGAAGAUGAAGAAGUGGAGGCUGAGAAGGUAAAGCUGAAGGCCAAGGAGGAGGAGGAGCCGCAGGCUGCAGAGAUGAACGCAGAGGAAGGGCUAGAAGUAGAGCAGUUGGAGGAGGAGCUAAAGGAAGAUAAGGAGGUGGAGACAGGGAAGGUAGAGCUGAAGGCUGAGGAGGAGGAAGAGGAGGUAAAGGUUGCAGAGAUGAAUGCAGAGCCGAUGGAGAAGAUAGGAAUGGAGGAGGGGCUAAUGGAAGAUAAGGAGGUGGACACAGUUGAAGACAAGGUGAGGACACAAUGUCAUGAGCUUGAGGCAGAUGAGGAGAAAGUGGAGACAGAAGAGGAGCUUAAGGCAGUAAAGGAGCAGAUGGCGGCAGAUGAGGAGGAUCAGAUAUUGAAGGAGAAGGUGGAGGCUGAGGAGCUGACAACACAGGAGAUGAAGGCGGAGGAGCAUGCAGAGAAAGAGGAGAUGGGGAAAGAUGAGAAGGUUGAAGCAGACGAAGAGGAACUUGAGGAGGAGAUAAAGACCGAGGAUGAGGGAGAGGUUAGUGUCAAGGGAAGAGACAUGAUGGCAGAUGAGAUGCUGAAGGCAAAGGAAGAGAUAAAGGGAGACGAGGAGCAGAUGAUGUCAGGGAAUGAUACAUUGGUAAUCACUUCCUUGAACAACGUCACAACGGAGAAGAAAGGGGUGGACGAUGAACAGAAGCUGCCAGAAAUGCUUGAGGAAUCAACAGAGUUUGCCGAGUCCUUUUGGAAUGAGAUGUGGACGGAGGAAGUGAAGCUGGAAGAGGAGGAGAGGCAGAAGAAGAUGGAGAAGAUGGAGGACACAAAUGAAAUGGAAGAUGAGAUUUCUGAUUUGCAAGACUUCAAAGAGGAGGUGAAGAUGAGCGGAAAGGAUGACAAUAUCAAGAAGGAAAGUGAUGGGGAUAUCACUGACCAGAGAGUCGAUAAUGGAAGGAGACUGAAAUGGUGGAAGAGACUUUGCUGUUUUGGUUGGCGAAGGAGAAGAAGACGCACUUGA